GCGUAACAUGACUCCUGUAAAUAACCUGCUAACUACAGGUAGUGUAACUAUACAGCUUGUGGGAGCCUAGCGAUCAAUAUGGUUGCCAUCACAAUGGGAUCAAAAUGCAUAGAAUUAAACAUGGCGCGGCAUACUAAGAUGUGGGUGGUUGUACCUACGUUUCUACUUUUCCUUUUUGAAGGGACCCAUGGAACAUACUGUAGAUACAAAAUCAGCUUCAUCACAAGUCGAUGGAUAUCAUACUAUUGCUCCACAUCAUGCUGCGGGUCCAUUUACAGGAGAGAGUGUUGUUCCAGCCCCAUCAUCUCACCCUAUACAGUUGGGUCGCUUGCGACGAGCUACUUCAUUGCCAUAGUGGUAGUCAGCGUCCUCAUCAUCGUCGGUUUCAUUGCUACCCUUGUCUGUAUAAUCUUGAAGAAGAAAGGUGAACCAGGGCGCGUCAUACGUCCUCACCCACAGACAACUGUAGUCGCCCAUACAAGCGGUGCGCCACCUCCGUACCCCCUGGCCCAGGGGCCUCAUCCUGCCUACACAUCCCUUGCGUAUCCCCCUGCGGCACCAUCAGCCUUCCUAUCCACACCAGGUCAAGCUGGAGCACCACCAGCUUAUCACCCCCAAACAGGACCUGCUGCUUAUCCACCUCCCCCAGAGUCUCAAGGACCACCCCCUGGUUACCAACCUCCUCCAGGACAAGGACCACCACCUGACUACCAACCUCCAUCCAGACAGGGACCACCACUGUUCUGCCAACCGCCAACUGGAACUUAAACAAGCUUUGGGACAGUACGGCUCCUGUUUAACCUUAUCCUCCAGACAUAGAGUCCACCUUAACAUAUAACGCAUAUUUUUCUUAUGAGAGCCUUAUUUUUGGUCUUUACACAACCCCAUCUCAAGCCCAUCUGAAACAUGUACGUCCAUCUCAACCAUGUAAAUCCAUCUCAACUACGUACACCCAUCUAAAGAAUGUACAUGCAUCUGUUCAUGUACAAUAAUCUGAACCAUGUACACCCAUCUGAACUAUUUACACACAUCUGAACCAUGUAUACCCAUCUGAAUCAAGUACACCCAUCUGAACCAAAAUAUAUCUUUGAAACUAUAACUUACUUAACAUUGUCGUUUGAAGCAGUCGGUAGUUGUUGUAGCAUUAUUAAACUGUUUCCAAGAAUAUGCUUCAGAACGUGGACAUUCUUGAUAAGCUAAUGCAUUCAUAUUCUUUUGGAUAACCUUCCAACUCAUAUAAAUUAGAAAUAAUGCAGUUUAAUUUUAAAAUAUAUGUUUUUUCUGUGUGUAUUGUAUUAGUGUCUAUGUUUCCGAUACAAUAAAAAUG